GCGAUCGAGGAGGAUCGGCUGGCUAGCUCGGGCGGAGACGAUAGGCAGAUGGAGGCGGCGGAGGAGGAGAAGGUGUUCGUCGCGGUGCCGGCGGAGCCCAGGGCGGGGCAGUCGACGCUGGCGUGGGCUCUCCGCCAUCUCUACGGCGGCGCCGCCACCACCACCAUCAUCGUCACGCACGUGCACGUCCCGUCGCAGAUGAUACCCAUCAUGGGGGUCAAGUUCCACGCCGAUAAGCUGAGCCCCGAGCCGGUGCGCGCGUUCAGAAGGGCGGAGCGUGAGAGGGCCGACGAGAUGCUGGACGACUACAUCCACCAGUGCUCACAAAUCAAGGUGAAAUGCGAGAGGUUGGUGAUCGAGAAGGAAGACGCCGCGUCCGGUCUCGUCGAGCUCAUCCGGCUCCAUCGGAUCACCAAGCUGGUGAUUGCAGCCGCCGCGGACAGGCACUACUCGAGAAAGCUCGACAAGCCUGUGUCCAAGACAGCGACAGAAAUAAUGCAGAGAGCUGAUCCAUCAUGCAAGAUUUGGUUCGUCUGCAAGGAACAGUUAGUCUGUACCAGGGACAAGGAGGUACAAAUUGCACCGUUAGCUGUUGCUGCACCUUUGCUCCCCAUUCUUGGCCAUGAAGUUCAGCAUUUGCAAUCUCCCCAGGGAGAGGGUGACACUGAGAUGGAACCGAGUUUCGACGAUGAGCUCGAAGAGGCACGCAAAGCGGUCGAGGAGCUGAUGAGAAGGGCUCUGAAAGAAUCCCGCAGGCGCCAACAGGCAGAAGAAGAAAUGGCCGCAUCUCUCCAAAAAGCGCAAGAACACGAGGAGCUGUACCUUGAGGAGGUGAAGAAGAGGGAAGAGCUGGAAGCAGCCCUAGCGAGAGCAGAUAGGGAAAUAGCGCAGCUAAGGCAAGCAAUCCAGAGAAACGCACCCGGAGAGGCAUCCCGCGGCGACUGAGAUCGGUGCUUGAACAGCAUAUCGUCGUUAGAGGCGACGACGCGACGAAAUCCAAUUUCAGCGCGGUGGCCAGGCAAUUUCAGAGCAGCGACCAGGCAACCGUGCUGAGCCUUUUCCAUGGUGAACGGUGAUUGCAAUGCCAUAAUGGUGGACAAGGGCCGGAGGCACUGCUCAACCAGAGGAUUAGGAAGGUGCCUGGUGAAGACGGGUUCACCUAGGUUUAGGAUGCCGAUGCGGUCAGGCGUUCGCUCGCGCACGGCGAGCGAGCUCUGAAUUUUGUAUCCAGAGUUACCCCACUAGGAGGCGGCGGAUGUGCCUCUUUCCUUGUGUUUCAGAAGGCAUUGAUCAUGGCCUCCGCCUCCACCCCAGAAAAAUCUCGAGCCUUAGCAGU